GGCAAUCGUCGUCUGACUAACUCGUUAUUAAAGCAAUGCAUUAAACCAACUGUCUCAUUGUUUUCCUGGCAUUAAAUCCAACCUGAGAUGCCUAUCGAAUAAUCCAACCGCGAUCGUUCUCUCUGUCUCUCUCUCGCUACCCUUCUUGCGAGCUUUACGCGAAAGCCGAGUAAAUAACGGUUUGCUGAACUUUGUAAAGCGUUUGCAACGAUGAAUGGAUGCUCAUCAAUCAUAGUGGCCUGCGUGCAUUCGAAUCUUCCCAGUUUGCGUUCACACUUGUCGUGUCAAGCAUAUUUCAGCUGUAAAAUCCGUUUCAACGAGCGUAUACGAUUCAAUGGUGAAUGGAAGUGUCGACGAUUUCGUGUAUAUUCCGCUUUUAAGCUGUCAAGGGAUAUUCAUCGUUCGUGAUAUCGUUGAAUAUCAAGUUCUGGCGAGAUGUUUAUUGGAUAGAAUUUUUAAUGGCCUCGAAAGUACCUUCGCGUGGGCCGACUAUCCGAUACGUCUAAACGUAUGACUGAUCAAUAUCUUCAAAUUUCUUACGUGUUUGUAAAUUUUUCCCCUCGGUGCGUAUACGCGCGUAUAAUUCGAUGAAGAAAGAACGAGGAAAUUGAAUUUUACGGAUCUUUGUUUUCCUUUAAAAUUUCCACUGGAACCCGAUUUUGAUCAGUUCGGGCUUUAGCUUCUUUUAUUCUUGGAUUGGUAUUGAACAUCGAUCAAGAAUGUUCUUUGCGUUUGGAUAACUCUUAGAAUUCUAAUUUCGGGAUGUACGAUUGAUAUUUGGUUCUUUUUUGUUUUUUUUUUUAAUUUAGAGAUAAAAAGAAGCAAUUUUUUGUUCGUCAUUUUAUUGAAAUAUUUUUAUUCGUCAGACGGAAUCGUGAAAUACUAAUUUUUCACAAGUUCAUCGAUUGUGGAACAUUACAUUUUUAUAAUAACGGGAAAUAAAAUGGGCAAGGCUGUAAAGCGUAAAACAUCAUUCCAGCAAAAAUUGGAAUUAACUUCCACGCAACUUAAUGAGUUGAUUGAAAAAUAAUGUUCAUGUGAUAUUCGUCCAUUACAUCAGAACUAGCAACCUAACGAUUAUAACGAAGGUAAAAUGCGAUGAAAAAGCAUGUAUUUCGAUAUCCAACCGUCCAACUGCUUGCCUAAAACAUCUAAAAUCAUUUUGACAUUUUUACAAAACUAUCACCUAAUUUUCAAUCAGUGUCAACUUUUGAAAAAAUUCAAAAUACACCCCUUUCUCGUAUUCACGCUCGUCCAAUUCUUUCCCAUUCUCAAUAACAAUAACAGUUCCCCCGCAACAGCUGUUAAGUUUGCGAAAUCUCGCCUACUCGGUUCAAUCCCAAGCUGCACGCCUCAAACUUCCUUACCCAGACCAGACAUGUACAUCCACAUAACCUCUCGCUCUACGUAUCACGCCGAGUCGUAUUCGUGAAGCGAUUAAAAAAUAAACGAGCGUUAAACGCAAGGGGGGUAGGGGAAAGGAACGAAAGAACGAAACGAGAGAAAGAAGGAAAAGAAGGGAAAAGAGAGAGAGAGAAAGAAGAAAGAAGAAAAAAAGAAAGCACAAGUGCGAGCCGGUGUGUGCCGCGACUCGAUGCGGAACGGAAGCGUGAACGAUGCACGAACGGGGUGGCCGGGGCCGGGUUAGCAGGCGGAGAAAGAAAGAGGGAGCGAAGGUGAGAAAAAGAGAGAGCGGCAGGUGUCUGAGGUGGUGGUGGGGAGAUGCGCGGUGUAUUAAACCCGGUGACUCUUGCCGCGCAGCGUGGGAGUUAGUUCUGGUGAGGGCGCCAGCCAGCUCACUCGCUAAACUAACCCACCGUCCCAACCCUUCAAUCCUCCAUCCCUCGACCUUCGGCCAACAAAGCAACAUCCACGGCCGCAACCUCCUUUUCACCGACUCCGUAGCCGCUGUUUUUUCGCGACUUCCUGUCCGGCCCGCGUAAUCACCGAUCGAACGAACGGCGUUAUCACAUAUCCGAGUAACCGGCGGCGACCGAUUCGAACAAGGGACGAACUCGGUAACGAACGAGACACCUUUUUUCUUCGCCACCUUCGCGUCUACCCAGAAACACUACGUAUACAUAUACGUGGUCACGUACGUAUAUCUACUACACUCAGUUCGCCGAGUCGAGCAUGCGAGAACACAACCUCGUCGGGGAGAGAGUUGUACGCAGUUGAACCUCGAGGAAAGUGUGGUUUUUUUUUCCUCUCUCUCUGAAAAGAGAGUCGCCGUUCGGACUCGCACCUACUCGUAUCGAGCACUUUGCGUUACUAUACGCGAUUAUUUGUCGCGUCGAGAUCACGGCGGAUUAUCGAUAUCACGGAGAGGAUUAGAAGAGAAAGGAGAGAGAGAGAGGUGGAAAACAGAGGUUGACACCGCCGGUGGAUCGUACCUUUCGAUCGACUUUCGUGUACUGCUGCUUCUUUCUUUCUUUCUUUCUUUCUUUUCCCUCUUUUUCCUUUUUCUUUUUUCAACGGAUCUACGUCAUCGUCGCGGUGGACGACGAGUAAUCAACGAACGCGGUUGACAGAGCAACAUGCUAGCCGACUGGUGUUCGCACCAUUUUGUGUUCGCGUGAUCCGGGAAGACGUGAUCCGGUCCGUCGGUGAUGAAUAAACUUGAUGACACGGUGCUUGUGACACAGAGAAGAACCUAGCUACAAUAGACUGUAGAAUAUUAUAGAGAGUUUUGAAGGGAGAGAGAGAGAGAGAGAGAGAGAAAAAAAGAAACUGACAUUAAACAUUGAAUUUCGAUCGACGAGAUCGACGAUUUGUUCGAAAGAGUUUGUUCCAAAGACCUCGCCAUACACCGGAGGAUUUUCGUGGAUUCAACUGGAAGAGGAAGAGUGUUGUUAUGUGCGACGAAGAACGUAGGAUUUGAGGGAAAGAAGUCACGGAAAGAAACAAGUUCUAUCUAGUUAGAGAGUAUCGCAUGAGAAAAGAUCCCAAUUUCGGGAAAGAGAAGGAGGAGGAGGAGGAUAAGGGAGAACGUUUCGCAGCACGCAGAGUUACAGAAGCAAGUAUCUCGCACAGAAAUACACAUUGACACACAUCUGUCCAUACACACGUUGUUUAUUAUUGACCUGAUCACACUUGGUAAUGUUUCGCAAUUGCACCUUUCUCCCAUAAUUUUCUUUUCUUUCUUUUUAUAUUUAUAUAUAUAUUUAUAUUUAUAUAUAUUGUAUUCUCUGUUUACACGCGCCGCCUGUGUUGUGUCUCACACUAUCUCUCUGAUGGUAUGAUCGAUGUGCGUACUAUGAUGUUCUUCUUCUCCUUCACCGUUUCCGACGUCACGACGACCAACCGGUGUCGUCCGCCGUCUUAAUUAACCCCUCCCCUCUCCCCCUUCCUCCCUCCCUCCCUCCCUCCACCUCCCCCUCCCCCCCCUAGUACACGGGAGCACGGUUUUGCACAUUUUUCGGGCACCUGUUGAUCUCUCUCGUACUACAUAGCCACUUUUCCGCACUCUCUCAAAACUCGUUCGGGGAGUUCGAUGUCACAGCUGCACGCCGAAAUCUCACAGCACGUAGAAAUCUCGUAUAUAUCCCGUAAAUCUCGUGGAUGUAUCGGGACACGAGCAAGCAUCCGAAUCCGCCUCCCGAAUCCGGCACACAGUUGGACGGGUUUACACCGAGGCUAGAGAGAGAAUCGAGACUGGCUUCGUUCCAUUCAUCAUCGUCGUGAUUCCAUCAUCACCAUCAUCAUCAUCAUCGAUGACGACAGUAAGUGAUACAACCUCCUUAAAAAAAGAACCAAACCAAAGUAGAGGGCCAAUUCGGUGACUGCUGUACGAGGGGGUACGGAAUUCCUCCAAGUGUGGAGACUUGGACUUCUAUCUUUGGAGACAAAAGUAGAAAAAUAUAUUUUGUGAGAAAAGUAGUUGUAUUAUAAAUAUAUAUACAUAUCUAUAUAUAUGUAUGUAUGUAUAUAUAUAUAGAGAGAGAGAAGGAGAGAGAGACAGACAGACAGAGAGAGAGAGAGAGGAGAGCGCAAAUUGUUUGUGGAAGCGUUCAUCGUGCGGCAGGCAAUGGGAAGAGAAAGCAGCAAGGGUAAGCGAGCGAGAAAGCUCAGGAGAAAGAUAGUUCGAUCAGGAGCACGUAACCGUGGCCGAUCGAUUGGGUUUCAUUGUCGAGCACCUUAAUAAGCAUCCACGAACCAGCACCAAGCACCACUUGAUCACGGCACCGCACAUAAUAAUUCUUCAGACACGCACCCUUUCGCAGACCGAAACGUUGUAAGAUCUAUCCCUUUUUCAUUAACGGCCCUGAUUUCAGGAAAGGGGAAUCGAGAACCUUUGAUGUGUCGUUGGGAGGAAUAUUGGGAAACGCGAGUCUGAACGGAUGUACAAACGUGCAACGACCCGUGGAACGAAACGAGUCGAAAAUUGAUAGAGAGAGAAAUUGUUGAUACUUGCGGUGUUCCCCUAUUGUUUGCUUUCCUCUAUCGUCAUCUGCGAGGGAAAACUCUUCCUCUCGAAGACGUGCCGCUCGAUGAAAGAACACGGGCCGCCAAGUGGAAAGGCAAGAGACAGAACGAAAAUAAUCGAACGCGUUUGAGAAAACGUCGUUUUCCCAUGUAACACGGAAGCCUACCACCGGUUAUCGAUUGAUCGCCGGUCAUCGCUCAUUGUCCGCGUUUAUUCUUCCCUCAGUCGCGCCCUACAGAGUCGCUUCCUCCCCCGCCCAGAAAAUUCGGCCUAAACUCAGCCAGUCCGGUGCCUUUCGACUGGCAAGCAACCGAAGUACUGCUACGUGGGACGCGUAGAGUCGGGACGCUCGAUUUAUACCUAAAUAGAGAGAGAGAGAGAGAGAACAAAUAAAGAGACAAGAAGAAGAGUAGAUAGAGAAGAUAAAAUCUCGAAAUCGUCAAAAAAGAAAGGUCUGGAAGAAAGGAAGGAAGGAACGGUCGAAGCGAAGGAAAGGUAUUAUUCGGUUUCGAUUCGAAAGCCAGCCCGGUUAAAACCGGUGGAAAGGUAUACAUAUAUGAUGGCGGUGUGCAUGUUUUGGCUUCUCACGUACGUGGGACAAGGCCUGGACCUGGCCGUGGGCAAUCGUCCGGUGAUCAUAAUGCAGGGUGCACAGGAGCAGCAGGACUACCGGCACGGUAGCGGUAUCAGAAAGAAGAGCGAGUUGAAUUCGGUAGGCAAUAACCUGUUGCACUUCAGAAUAUAUCCUCCCGAGGCCUCUCACAGGGACGACCUGUCCAAUUGGCUCCUAUUGAACGACGAGCCACGGAUCUCCUCGUGGACACCUGCCGGCAUAUUGAUCGACGAUAUGAUCAGGGAGCCGAGGGAGCUCCAGACCGUGUUUUUCGCCCUGUCCCCGGCUAUGCUGAACACGCUCUACUCGGAGUACGUGAACACCGCCGCCUCGCAACCGGCCGACCACUUUCUCCACGAGGAUCAGCAACAAGCCGUUGGGGGUCCGUUGGUUGGCCAACGCGGCAAAAAGCUUCGUAUCGACUGUAGACACUCCAGGAACACGGUCAGCCUGCCUAUAAGAGUGUGCGACGACGAAAAGACGACGGGGCGGAACGGCCUCCAAGAAGCCAGACAAUCGAAUUACGACGAUCUCUUCGAGCAGAAAUUGAACACUGCUGCUAAUAUGAAGACUGACCCAACGUCACGGGGAUCCGAGAAGCUUCAACGGGAUUAUCAGAAUGCCGCGACGUUUGUCCCGAGGCCACCGUUGUUCGGCCUGGACGCGGGCAAACCUCCCGGAAAGAGGAGCCAAACUCCUGUUGGACGCCGCUCAAUCGACCUCUCAGGAGAGUCGGCCCCGCAUCAAGCUCAACCGCCGUCCUCCCUCGGGAACGGUAUCAGCGUCGCUUCUCAACUUAUGCUCAGAUCCACCAGGGGAAGCAUACAGUACGACGUACCGCAAAUCGAAUGUCCUAUCUCAGAGGACGGGAUGGAAAGGUUUGCGUGUCCCUCAGCGGACAGAAUGGGUAGAUACCAUUGCAUCGACGAUCACGCCUUGUGCGACGGUUUCAUAGACUGCCCUACAGGCGAAGACGAGGACAGGCAAGCCUGCAUGUUUUACAAAACCACGAAAGCUCACCUUGACGUAUUGGCAGAUGCCAUUUUGCGAUGGGCAAGAGGACGCUAAUUCCUUUGUUGACGAUGAACCUCUGAUCUGCAUAAAAUCAUAAGUCUGACGAGUUUACUUCUUUAUACAUUCACCUAUACAUAUAUAUAUAUAUAUAUAUAUAAAUAUAAAUAUAAUAUGUAUAUGAUAUAUAUUCCCAUAUGUAUGUAUACGUGUACACAUGUCUCUCGUGUACCCGUACACAUAUCCAGGGCUUUCGUUUCGUUGCUGGCGAACGUUUCUCUUGCGAGCAGCACGAGAGGGGGAUGAAGAGAGAUGAGAUUAUUUUUUCCCUUCGAGAGAGGAAAAAAAAUGCAAUUUAAGAAAGGAAACAUUUUAACAUUUAUUUGAAAAAAAGAUGAAGAAAAAGAAAAUGAUAAGUUGGAUAUCGGAAUAUGGAUUGGGAAUGGGAUGAGGAUCGUUUGAAUAUCGGUAUUCGGAUAUGAAAAUUGUAAAUUUUAUGCAGUGUCUCUUGUUCAAUACAUACAUACAUACAUACAUAUAUAUUUUUGCUAAAUAUUUGUCGUUCACAGCUUUCGUUGGCUAUCGAAGUUCAACUGUCAAAAUUCGUUAAAAAUUUUGAAAAUUCGAUCUUGUGACGUUUCUUAAAACCUUUGCUUAACCAUCGAAGUAUCUACUCUGAAAAUUUGAAAUUUUUAGAUGUCAAAUUUUUAAAUGUUUUUUCUAAAAAAUCGAUAACUUCCUUAUUCGUAAUACUAGAAUUUUUAUACUCUUCGUUUGAUCCUUGUGAGCAUAUUUUCUUAGUGUCUUGAAAAGAAUUGCUAAAUGUUACUUCGAACGGAAAAAAAAUCUUCGAGAUCGAAAUGUCAAUAAAGAUGCAGAUAAUUCAUGUAUAUUAAUGAAAAUAUUAAAUUGGUUGGAAAUAAAUGGCUGAUUGAAAUAUCGUGCUCGUUGAUUGAAUAUGAUGUGUUAAUAUUAAUUAUUCGUAAGAAUUUUCGACUCUCGUGAAAGAUUUAACAGAAAUUUUAAUGAUCUAACGUUUUAUCGUUAAUUUUAUAUAUCUAUAAUUGAAUGUUUAAUAGGUUUUGAUAGGUAACAGCGCCUUUUUGAAAUCAUUAAAGAAGAAACAAAAUUGAAAACAAUUUUUUGAAAUAGAAGAACUUUGCUUUUUAAAAAAUAUAUAUAUAUACGAUUCGCAAUAUUAUUUUUUGAUAUGUUAAAUUGAUCAAAUCACUUCAUAAAUUUAUAAAAAUACGAAUAAAUUGCAAUACGUAUAUUUUUAUCGAAACAAACUGAAACUUUUCUGAACAUCGAAUAAAUUAUCUUAUAAAUCGAUAUAUAAAAAUUAAAGGAAUUGCAGAUAAAACUAUAUUAUCGAACGAAUUGUAUACGCAAAAAUCAAUCAACCAUCUAUUUCACCAAUUUCAUCGAUCUUCCUUAUCUUUCUUAUCGCAAGCUUGAUAAAUUUUAAUCUUUAGAAUUAAACUCAAACUUGAAAUCAAAAGUUCAAGGAUUAAAAUCAACAAAUUUCCAAAAAAAAAAAAACGUAUCAAUCUAAAAAUAUUGAAAUCAAAAAAAUUAAAUAUUAUCAUCGUUUAAAAAAGGAAAAAAAAAAGAAAAAAAAAGAAAAAAAGGAAAAACGAGAGAAAAAAAAACGAAAAAAUUUCUAAAUGUACAUUCAAAUCGAGCGAAAUCCAUCCUUUCUUCCGAGAAAAACAAGGCAAAGAGCAAAGGAAAAUCUCUUAAUUCGUAAAUGCUCUGUAAUCCAAGGGAGGAUUCGAUUCGAAAUCCGAAAGGAAAUCCAUUGGAAGGACGGGAAUCGCGUUCGAGAACCAAGUUCCAAGAGCCUCUUCACGAUCCCUUGUGAAAUAAUUUCUCGUGUCCGCGUUUCUCUCCCUCUCCUCGAACCUCGCACGUUUGAUCUACGCUCGCGAAAGGAACGUGUGCCGACGAGAAGACGAAAACCUUGUUUCGCAUUCUCCUCCACCCCGUUCCCCCCGUAUCGUCUAUUUUGCAAAGAGUUCUCCUCUCGUCCUCCGUCGUGUAACCGUAAAAACAUCCACCCACACCAACACCAACACACAUACACACACACACACAUAUACAUAACAUACAUAAACGAUGAGAAAUAGAGAGUAUUUGUGCGUGUGCGUGAAUAAUGUAUGAGAAUACGAUGUAUGAAAGGGAGGGAAAAAACGAGAGAAAGAAAGAAAGAAAGGAAAAAAAGAAAGAAAGAAAGAAAGAAAGAAAGAGCGCACGGGAGAUGUGAAGAUGAUGUUCACGUUGAAAUCAAACUCAGGGGAACGUAAAGAUGAAUAAUCGUCUCUCGUGAGCAGCACUCACAAGUAUGGCGGAUAUCCGUGCUCCAUGGAUGGAUGGGUGGGGAGGAGAGGGGGGGGAUUUUGAUUCCAAAACGGCCUCGUUCUACACGCGUUUACUAUUAAACGGUGUCUAUACGAAUAACACCACACGAUUUUGUGGAUGGAUUCGACAGACAGACAGACAGACAGACAGGAGUGAGGAUAUUUCGUUGCUCGAUUAAAUGAACGCGUUCUGCGGCUUGACGUUUAGGGGUUGAUGAGGGUGGACAGGGGUGAUUAUGAAACAUAUCGAGAGAAUUGACGUGGAGUUUCCUCGGAUAGUUUCGCGGUACAUGCAAGAUAUCGUAUCGUAUUGGUUGAUGGAUGAUCGGGGGAAGAGAAAUCGUAUUCGUUGUUGGCCAGACUUAAUGAUUUGUUUUUUUAUUUGGUAUUAUAUAUAUAUGUGCAAUUAGUUGGGCGGCAGAAGUGGUGAAGAAGAUUUGAGAAUUAAUCAAUCGGUAUUUAUUCAUUUGUUAUCAAACAUGUUGAAAAAUGUUGGAAGAAUUAGAAGAGAUUUGAAUAGCAUUUGGAGAUAAUUCGUUUUGAAAAUGUUGAAUGUUUGAAAAGAAUUUUUUGUGAAAUAAUUUUAUUGCGAAUUUUGGAAAUCUUUUGCGUUGUAUUGUUUUACGAGAAGCGAAUUAAUGCGAGUUAUAUUUUCUAUGACAAUUUGAAAUAUUUUCUCAGAAUUAUUUUAAAUAAUUUACAGAAAAAUUUUUGUAAAUCGUUUUCGCUCCUUUUCCGCGAAAAUUUAUCGAAGUAAAAUUUUAAAACGAAAGUUUGUUGUGGAUAAUUUUUCCCUUCCUUUCUGGAUUCUACUAUUUCCUGCCAUUGCGAACCAACGAUCAAUUUUCUUGCUGUCAGAAAUCCAUUUCUACAUUGAGAAUCAUCUGUCACUUGAAGGGAAAGAAUUUCAUCCGUCAUUUCGAGCAGAUUUCAUUGUUCUCUGAUAUCUCAUUUUCCAACAGCCUCUCUGUGCGUUAACGAUUUUUCAAUUUAUGAAAAAUAACGAGAGCGAUUAACAACGAGAACAUUAAUCAGGAUGAAUUAAAUAUCUCUCGAUGCAACGAAGCAUGAUCGAUAAAUUAAAUCAAAGAGACAGAUCGUUGAACAGAAUCGUUACUCGCGAGGAUACACUCGCAAAGAAAAUAAUAAAAACUAUUUUCGAGGAUAAAAAAUAAUAAAAAAUAAUCAAAUAAUUACAAAAUUCUUUUUUACUUAUCGAAAUUGAAAUAGAACUCCAUCAACCAAAAUUUGUAUUUCUUUACACGACUAGCAAGGAUAAAUUUUAUAUUGAAAAUAUUUGACAAAAAAGAAGAAAGAGGAAAAAAACAUCAAGCUGCAGAUGUGUCUACGACGUCUGAUCUACAUUUAAUAAUCGAUAUUUUCACUUAAUCCAGUGUUUCCCAACAUAAGAGAAUACGCGGCUUUCAGAGCCACAAUAUAAAUAUCUUUUGCAAUGAUUUGACACUUUGUUAUGAUAUAAAAAGUUGAAUAAUUGUCCGAGAAAAGUUUGUGAAUAAUUGGAGAAUUGAAGUUUCCUUUAUAUUUAUAUUUUGCCAAAAACAAAAAACAAAAGAAAAAGGAUCUCUUCUUUCAAAUAAUAAAGAUUUUGGAUAUUUAUGCUCUGUUAUCCAAAUUUUACUUUCAUAUUAAUUAAAAAACGAUUAAUAAUGUUAAAGAGCAUUAAAAUUUUUAGAAAAUGAGACAUGAUCCAAAAAAGUCUUUGAGUAAGCAUUAAAGUGUUAGCACGAUACAAAAGAUAUUAAAAUCUUCAAAACACAUUGAAAUAUAAUAACUUGGUUCAAAAGAUAUUAAAAUCUUUAUUGAAAAAAAAAAAUAGUUCAAAAAAGAUUGGGAAACGCUGGAUCUGAUUGAAAAACGCGUGAUUACGAGGCCACCGCUGUCACGGCAAUCAGGUAUCCUCGUGUUAAAGUACAAAUUAAGGGUGUCCGAGGUUUCAAGGGGGCGUGUAACAGUAACAUUCGUACGACAACGCUACCUGUUCCGGUUCCGGUUUCAGGAUGGCAGCACACAAUAGAUCCAUCCUCUUUGGGCUGCGACCACAAAACAAUCGAGCGAUUCCUGCUGAACUCAAAAACCUCUUCGACGACUUUAUUUUCGUACUACAGAUUUCGAAGACUGAGAAUGAAAAAAAUGAAAAAGAAAAAAAGAAAAAAAAAGAAAAAAAAGAAAGACAGGAAAAAGGAGAAAAAAAAGAGAAAAUAAUAAAAUUCACUUUUAAAUUGGCGUCGCAAUCAUUCUGGACGAGAGGUUCCAAUUAAGGAAAAACGAACACACGCGUCCAGAACGAUUUUUACGCAAUCGUUCACCCAUUUAUGCAAGCAUGGUAGAAAUUUCGUUCGUGUUGAUCAAAAAAUGUAUUUCAUUAUAUUGGCGAUGAUACCGGUGAUGAUGAGGAGAUGAUCAAAGAUUGGCCACUCAUAAAUGGGCUGAAUCAUCCCCCUCCCUCCCCCUCUUAAUUUCCUCCCGCUGAAUUUCUCCUGUUGCGUUCCUUACCAUUUCCUGUUCCUCUUCUGUUUCUUUAACUCCUCCUAAAAGUAUGUUAUUAUAUAGCUUAGCGGUAAAUGUUUGACUGUGUCUCAGGCGAUACCUACCUUAAAUUCUUCGAAUCUAGUUCGUUCGAAAUCGUGGACAGGUGAAUUCUGCGAGCUCACUAAUAUAUUGGGAAAAGUUAUCUUUUCGAUCGUGCAAUCUUGUAACGAUUCAAUAAUUUCAAUAAUUAUUAAUAUUCGCGCGAAAUUAAUUAAGAUUAUUUUGUAAAAGCGAUUUAAAACUUGUAAAUUUUUCCCACCUUCUUCUUUUAAAAACUCGUUCCAAGGUUUGUUAAAAAAAAAAAAAAAGAAGUAAAAAAAAAAAAAAGUAAAAAGGAAGAAAGAUAAGGAUUUGUAGAGUGUAAAUAUAGAAAGAACCUCGAGGAAAUUGCGAGCACGCACGAAGAGCUUGUCCACGUCACGAGAAAAAUGAUCAGGCUGUCGAAAACGAUCGAAAGCGUCUCGAAACGAAACGAAACGAGACCUGCUGCGUUUGCUGUACUGCCGUGUGUGUUUGCUUGUUUAUAUGAAGAAAAAAAAGAAGAAAAAAAAAGCAAAUAAAAAUGAGAAGCACAUGGUCCCGAGAGUGUGCAGCCUUCUAGAAUUCGUUGGAAUAUAAUAUAUGUAUAAUUUUUCGUUUCAUCGAAAAAAAAAAACUAGAUUGUAAGGAUUUACGAUUAUUAACCGACUAAAGAAAACAAAUAUAUAUAUAUAUAUAACAAAUAUAAAAAAAAAAGGAAAAAAAUGAGAGGAAAAAGAAGAAAAUAUACUAGGAUUAUACGAAUAAUAAUAAUAUAUCGAACUAUCGAUAGACUAUAAAUCUCGAGGUAAAAAAAAGAAAAAAAUGAAAAAAAAUGUGUUAAAAGAAUAUUGGCAGACACCGACGAGGCUCAACUAUACUGCAAUAUAUUACAAAACAUAUAUGUGAAUCGAAGAAGAAGAAGAAGAAGAAGAAGAAGAAAAAGAUCGAGCUCGAAAGGGAGGAAGAGGAGGAAGAAAAGGGAAGAGACUCGCGAUACACGUCAAGCAAGGAAAAAAAAGAAAAAAAAAAUUCUCCCCUUCCUGCAAAAGGUCAAUUCAGUAUUACAUCCAGAUCAUUGUAAAAGUUUCAUUUUAUGCUCGAACGAGCGGAACGAGGCGAUUUAAAAGUCCUCCUCCGAUCAUUCCCAAGCGGCGGCGGUGUCUCUCUCUCUUUUUUUCUCUCUUUCGAAAAGGGGCCGCUCGUCCGAGGAGGAGGACUCGAGGAUUCACGAGCCGCCAUUUCUCGUUUACAGCAACACGUCAAGUGCCAGAGAUUCGUUCGUUGGUAGACGCGCUGUUUCUGUUCCGUAGUUAUUUGAUGUAAUUUUCGAGGAAGAGGAGCACGUUUACUCGACGACUUUGUUUAAUCGAGUCAUCCGAAUACAGGGUUGCACCCUUAACCCUCCGGGAUCUACUGCCGUAUACUUUCGAGCUUAAAACUUCAUUUUCGGGCUUAAAACUUAGUUUCGGGUAUAUCCUCGGGUAAAAUGGAUAUUUUUUUAUUUUAUUUUAUUUUAUUUUAUUUUAUUUUUUUGCGCCCUUCUUUUCCUUUCUUUCAUCAUUCUGCAUUCGUAGUUCUUCAUAAAUUAGUGGACACUGUGAUAUAAUUUUAAAGUAAAUUUUGUUUAUUUAUUUAUUUUAUUGUAUUUUGUAUUAUAUUUCAUAAAGAAAGUUUUUUACUCAAACAAAAUACUUCUUUUUUUUUUAAUCAAAUCGAUAAUAACUAUCGGAGAAAUGUUCGUAAUCUUCGAGAAUGGUUUAAGUAUUCAUUGAUUUAUGAAAGGAAAUGUGCAUAAGUUAUAUAAAAGUUUAAAAGCAGCUUGAAAUGAGCUUUCAGGAUUGUUUAAGAGACUUUGGGUCCACGGAGGGCUAAGCGAACUGAACAUAUCAGAAUCUACGCUACAUAUUUUUCAUCAGAACAGAAUAUUUUUAAUAUUCGCUGAACGAUGCGCAGAUUUAGAACACUUCCUGUUGCUCAGCUGUUGUUGUCUCUGCGACAUUCAACGGCACGCAUGCAAAUUUUCUCGUUCAGUCUGCGAUACGUUCCAACAAUUUGUAAUCGUGUUAAACGCCUAACCGGUCCGUUUCGUCUCGAAUUUCCAUGAUUGAAUUUUAUGAGAAGGAGAAAUUUAAUGAAAUUCAAUAUUUUCGUUCCAUCUUCGUUCUCUGAUUAAACGUUUUCUACUCGAAAAUACCUAAUAUUAAAUUUCCUGGAAGUGAGACGAAAAAAUCGCUUGCCGAUAAAAGAAACUAAUAAAAAUUCUAAAAAUAGAAUUCUAAAAAUCCAGAGAUCUGAUAUUUAACUCAUCCAUGUGUUUCUCUAAUCGUGAAUAAUAUGAAAAAAAAAUUUUAAAUCCUUAUUCUUAUUCUCACAAUUUUUUUUUUCUUUUUGAUUCAGAAAAUAUUCACGAUGAAUCUCUCGAUCAGGAAGAAUCGUUGCGAUUUAUUUGUUGCGGCCGGUUGGGCGUCCCAUCAAAAAAAAAAAAAAAUCGAUGUAGCAGAGCGAUGGAGCGCGAAGAACAAUCAGAAACAAUCACGUUAGACGACACCGGCAAUGAGUGAUCGCGUUAGCCAACAAGAAGAAGCGUCAAUUUAACAAUGACACACGCAUAAGGCCCUGUGAAGACCAACGAUGCAACGCCAUUGUAAUUUCACCCUAACGAUAUCCCACGAUUGACGACAAUUUGAUAUUUUUCAUGAUGCAAAUGCGAAUGCAUUCCGUUUCAUCUUGUUAUUUAAAACGUAAAAUAACGAUAUAUAUGUAUAAGAAUCGUUCAAACUCGUCAAUUAAAUCAGUCAAAUUAUUCAAUAUUCAAAAUGUAUCGAAUCUAAUUUCCUAUAAAACUAUGAAUUGUUGAAAUUCGUUAUGAACAAUUUUAUCAACAAUCAUCGAACGAUAUAUAUCUAUAACUCGUAAAUAAUUCAUAACGCGAUUAACUAUUGUUAUUUAACGUUAGAAAUAUAAAUCAACUCGUCGAUUAAUCACCGAUAAAAUAACAAGGGCAGAGUCUCGUUGGCCUCGCAUCCUAAGAAAACGGUCGCCAUACACCGAGAACUCUAUACAAUACAAAAGCAGUUUCUUUUUUGAUACGACGACUAGUUUUAAUUUCCACUCCCCUUGUAGAGACAAGAUUUUUCAUUUAACGAUUCGUGUAAAUGGCGAAAUAACAAAUCAAAGGAACGAGAUUGGAAUCGAAAAUUGUUGUACAUACACACACACACACACAUACAUGCACGUAUACACGUACACACAUAUAUCGAGAUACGCAGGCGUUUGCUAGCUUACGUGAAAUUUUUAUCGUCGCCAGCUUCGAGGAUAUAUUUUUAGAUGAUAUAUCUCUGUAUAUAUACGCAAAAGAUACAUACAAACAUUCACACACACACGUAUACAAACACGCAUGGAUAAAUACAUACAUGGAUAGAUACACACGCGCGUAAAAGACACAAAAAAAGUCGUUUUAUGCGUCAAUUUUUUCGGCCGGUGUCCCUUUCUUUUUCGGGCGAACAGGAAACGCCGCCGAAUCUCGCCUGUUUUUCUUUUUCAUGCUUCUCGAAUAAAUGUGCGAUGCUUGUUUCAUCCAGACUGUGCUUUCUUACUAUUUUAUUAUCCUCCCGACACUGUUUCUUUGGUAAUCUUUUCUCUCUCUUUCUCUCUCUCUCUGUCUCUCUCUCUCUCUCUUUUCUCUUAAUCCUUAACUGUUAUGGUGAAAUCGAGAUAUAUAAUACAAUAUCAUCAAUAUUUUCGCUAUAUUUCUGGAAUUUCUGAUCAAAAUAAAGAUAAUUAAAAUGCUUAACGCUAUUAAUUGAAAAAAUUAAUUGAAAAAAUUGUGAAUCGUUUUUUAUUACGUCCUUUAAUUAUCUCGCAAUGGCAGUUAAGGAUUAAGAUAAGGGUACGCACUCGUUAUUGAAAAUUGUAAAUCGUAGUAAAAUCGUGGAUCGUUGGAUGGAUAUUUGAACGGCGAAACGAGGAUAACGAGUGUGGACCCCGAUCGUUAGGAGAUUUAAUUUUCAUUUAAUCGAAUUCGAUUGUUCGUUUCAAUGUAACGGAGAAUUGGGAAUGAAUUAAUUGCGGUCGAAACCCCGCCAUAUUGGCGACGAAGCACUCUUUUUAUCAUUUUGCUCGCAUGUUGCAAUGUUAUAAGAAUACAAUAUUUCAUUUGUGGGUAAAAUAAAUUCGUUUAAGUAAAAUAUUCUUGUGGCUUUUAAUGAUUAUAUCAAUUGGAGAGCCUUAUUGGAGAAUCGGUGCACGAGUUAAUUUACUGAUACUUUUACACGUUUAUCAUUAUUAUUAUUAUUAUUAUUCGAGGAAAAAUUUAUUCAGACAAUUGAAAUAAUUUUAAGUAAAUUAUUAAAAUUCAUAUAAUAAUUUUAUAUUUUUUUAUUCUUUUGCAUAUAAGACAUUUUAUGUUCAGUUUGUACAUAUACCAAUAAAUCUAUUGAUACGUUAAUUUCUAUGGUGAUUCGAUAUCAUAGUUAUGUCUUAUUGUAAAAUUUUUUUAUUUAAAAAAUACUGAUUGUUAUUAUAUUUUACUUAUAUUAUAACAAUAAAAAUAAUGAUGUUUGAAAAGUGAUAUAUAGAACAUUAUGAUUUUCAUGAUCUGAAACCUAUUUUUAUAACGUGCGUAUAUUUAUUUCAUAAUUUAUUUCAUAUAUAAGACGAAAUAGAUAGGAUACACACUUUUCCUAAUAUUGAUAUCUCUUUAAAAUAUCCUAAUUUGUAAUCUAAAUAAAUAAUUUGACAAUUUCAAAUUAAAAUAAUGAUCAAAUAAUUCGGAGAUACUUGAUUUCGAUUUUAUUCGCGUCAGAUAUCAAUGGCGCAAAAAAAAAAAAAAAAAAAAAAUAGAGAUAAAUGUUGCAUCGAAAUUAUAUCUGCCUUUAUAAUCUGUCGAGGAUGACACGAAAGUGAGUCAAGGCGAGAGGAGUAGAAUUUUUAUCGAUGACGCAAAACCACGACGAGCUAGACAGUAACAAUCUAGUUUAGUUAAAAUUAUGGGAACCAACGAAGGACAAACGGAGAAACGGCUUAAAACGAGCAAGAGGAUCGAUCAACGAGGUUGAUCGCGCAUAAAAAUGAGUAUAACGUUUAAUCCGGUUGAUGAAAAGUAAUUAGAACGAAUUCUGAAUACGAUUGAAAUUAUUGAAAUCGUAUUCAUUUCUCCUCAUAACGGUGAAUCCUUGAUAUCGGCAUGCAUAUGCAAUAUGAAAAUACGUUCGCCAAAAGUUAAUUUAACUUUAAAAUUAAAUUUUUACGAAAAUUUAUAAAAUAUCGUUUCUUUUCGAUUUUUUUUUUCUUCUAAAUAUAAAUAACAAGUAAAUUGAGUUGAAUUUUAAACGAGAAAGGCAGAAGUAAGUAUUAUAUUUCAGUGUAUGUUUCACUUUCGAACUCUAGCGAAACGCGUUCAACAGGUGAUUUAAAAACCAUCGUCUUCCCAGCUCUGAAUCAAAUAAUUUAUCGUAACUUUUAAUAUUUUAUUGUGAAAUAAAUCGUCGAAUUGAUCAAUUAAUUAACUUGCAUAAUUUGACUAAAACAAAUAUUGAUACUUUAUUAAUAAUUAAUAUCGCGAAGAUCAAUAUCGAAGACAUAAUGCUUGACCUUUACCACUGAUUUAAUCCAUGGACAAUCACUAUUUGUAUUCUCGUUAUGAUUUAAGAGAUAAUUAAUUUAAUAUAACAUGACAUUGAAUAUUUUUCUAUGAUAAUGAAUAUCUCUCAAAUAUAUUGGUGCAAUAAAUGUAUAUGCAUAUCUAAAUAAUUAUAAAUAUUUUCGAAAUAUUUUUGAUUCAAAUAACAAUACCCAGAACUGAUUUGUUUCGAAUUUUUAUUUUUCCAUAAAAUGUUCAACGGAUAAUAUAAAAUUUAUAAAACAACGAUACAAUACAAAUUCACAAAUGAUAUAAUCCUCAAAUUUUCUUAUGUAUUAUUGAGUAACAUUUAUGCAAUCAAACGAAUCUGUUAUAUCGCUCUUAAAUAAUCUUCACUAUAAAUAUCCUUAAUUCCACUUCCUAUUGCACAACAUAAUGAAUCCAAUUUAACUUACCAACAUCUCUUAACACCUCCUAAAACAUCCUUUUUUUUCAACCGAUAAAUCCCAAAAAAAAGAGUCGAAGGAUUUUUAGGUUUAGCAACGGCUAUGAAACUUUUAUCGAAUCAAUCCGAGUGUUCAUUUCAUUGCAUAACCGUUUAUACUUCCAAGCCAGUUUAUACUUUCAACUUUAAAUCCCUCUGAUCUUAUAUAUUUCCAUUUACACCACAUCAUCUUACAUUUUAUAUUAAGCAUGAAACAUUCCAUUUUCUACCUUUCCCUCCUCUUCUUUUUUUUUUUUUAGCAAUUUUUGCGUUUAAGAAUACGAAUCAAAAAUACCUUUAGAUUUCCUUAUUCUCUAAAUUCGAUCGAAAAUCAUCACGGAACUCGAUUUAAAUUUUUCCAAAAGGGCGACAUUCGCGAGAGAGAGUGAAAAACAUCUUUUCCAAAAUAAUGAAUACGCGGAUCACGAAUCAGCAAUCCUUCAGAGAUGAUAAUAAUAGAUGCAUCUAUCACAUUUAUUAUUGAUGUUGUGGCCAUCUUUUUUGUGUUCCGUUCUCGACGUUUUUCGACGGCGACUCUUUUCGCUUCAGAAGGUGUGGAUUGCACGAUGUCGGGAAAAAGCGAGAACGAAGGAUAAAAAUGCUGGUGCUCGUGCCGUCGGAAACGCGAUCGAUUGCGGCUGCGCAACGAGUCUGGUAUGAUAACGGUAUUAUACAAUGUAUGAUAAGCUGCGACUAUGGUGAAAGAGGGUGAGAAUGUAUAGAGUGAUUCUCUCGCCCAGAGAGACCCAGAGUAUUAUACGCUCUCGUAAAACGACAAAUGGCAAAUGUAAAAGAAUAUGUAUCAAGUGUGUAGUUCUAAUGUAAAAGAUAUUAAAUCCUGAAUUAUAUUGCAA